AUGCAAUAUCUUGCAAAGUAUACGUUCUGCAGUCGACUGGUCCCAGUUCAAUCUGUGGCCAUUACUGAUGAGAGCUUUGUGAGCACGGUUAUUAUGCUGCCGAGACUUUUCACAGAAGCUCCAUCUGGUACUAUACCUACAGUUUCAACUUUGCUGUUUAAGAUAGCUAAUUUGAUGAAAAUUAAGCCAUUUGAGGCUUUGAAUGCGUUCAAUCAAAUGGCUAUUGAGAAUCACAAGAUUGAUUUAAUUUCUUUAUCAAAUGGGCUAGUGAUUGCGAUCAACUUGGGACAUUUGCUUUUGGGAAAAGCCAUUCAUGGAUUUAUACUUCGGAAAGAGGUGAAUCUUGAUCUUGUUGGGACAACAACUUUGAUUGAUAUGUAUGGAAAAUGCGGGCACUUAUCAGGUGGAAUGAAUCCGGUUAUCUAUACAAUGGAUUUUUUUAACAAGACUGGAAAUGUUUCGCAAAAUGGUAGCGAGGGACCAGGGAUGGAGAAUAAUACGGACAUUGCGAAUCAGUUGAUAAGCAUGUACUCAAAAUGCAACUUGAUACUAUCCGCUCGCGUUGUAUUUGACAUGACAAAAAACAAGGAUAGGGUGUCGUGGACAUCAAUUAUACGCAGCUAUGUGAGCCAUGGCCAUGACGACGAAGCCAUUGCAUUGUUCCGGUUGAUGCAGACGUCAUGUAUACGAACGGAUUGUGUCACCUUCACUUGUCUAAUUCAGGCAGCGAGUCACCUCAAAUUCCUAAUGGAAGCAACUAUCGUCAUGGAACACGAUGGGAUGGAGGUGGGAGAAAGAGUCGGGAAAUGGCUGUUGGAGGUGGAGCUGGGGAGUGCCAGCGCAUAUUGUUCGGUGUCAAAUCCGUUUGCUGUAGGAGGUAGAUGGGAUGGAGUGGCUUCAAUUGGAGCUGUUGCUAAGGAGAAGGGGCUUAGAAGCGCAACAGGGUAUAGUCUUGUAGAUGCCAAUUGA